UUGAAAAGAGCUACUACCGGGAGGACAAGAUGGCUUCCAAACACCGGCCAAAUUUUGAUUUCCACAGUAUAGAUUCUAAUAGUGGACUGACAAAAGUAGAAAAUGGUUUGCAAAUACACAAUUGUAGCUCAUCUUCAAAUGAUGAAGCACCUUCAAUACCGAAGCGAAGGCAAGAACUAUUAAAGUGGAAUGGUUGGGGUUACAAAGAUUCAAAUUUUACCUUCAACAAAGAUAACCAGAUUGAAUUUACUGGUGAAAGGUAUAGACUGAGUGGUAAAAUUUUACCCCAUUUAAAAGACUGGGUAAAAGCAACUCUUGGUAUAAAAUUAGAGGAUAGAGCACCAGCGCAGGCAGAGAUAACUGCUGCAGACAUUCCAAGUCCUAAAAGAAAUGAUGAAUUUUUAGAGGAAUUAAAGCAAGCAGGUGUAUCAUUGUCUGAUGAUUGUCAAGAUAGAUUAUUUAGAGCCCAUGGCCAUACACUUCAUGAAAUAUUUACAUUACGUGAGGGUAAAUUUGAACGAAUACCAGAUUUGGUGGUAUGGCCAGUGAGUCACAAUGAAGUAGUUAUAACUGUAGAAUUAGCAUGUAAAUAUAAUGUAGUUAUUAUACCAUUUGGAGGUGGUACGACAGUUUCAGGAGCUUUAGAAUGUCCAGCUACAGAACAAAGAAUGAUAGUUUCAUUAGACACAUCACAAAUGAAUAAAAUAUUAUGGGUAGAUGAGAAGAAUUUAACAGUUCAUGCUGAAUGUGGUAUUGUUGGCCAGGAUUUGGAAAGAUUGUUGGCUGAAAAGGGGUUUUGUACAGGCCAUGAACCAGAUUCAAUGGAAUUCAGUUCAUUAGGAGGUUGGGUUGCAACUCGAGCUUCUGGCAUGAAAAAAAAUAUUUAUGGCAAUAUAGAAGAUUUGUUAGUGCAUGUUAAAUUUGUUACUCCCAGAGGUGUUAUGGAGAAAAAUUGUCAAGUUCCCCGUAUGUCUGCUGGACCUGAUAUUCACCAUUUUAUACUCGGUUCAGAAGGUACACUGGGUGUUGUUACAGAAGUUACAUUAAAAAUCCGACCAUUAGCACAAUGUAAAAAAUAUGGUUCUAUAGUUUUUCCUGCAUUUGAAGAUGGAGUCGGUUGUUUAAGAGAAAUCGCUAAACAAAGGUGUGCUCCAGCUUCAAUUAGAUUAAUGGAUAAUGAACAAUUCCAAUUUGGUCAUGCAUUAAAACCGGAUGCUAAUUCAAUGAUAUCAAGUUUUGUUGAUGGUUUAAAGAAAUUUUAUAUAACCAAAUUAAAGGGCUUUGACCCAUUAAAGCUUAGUGUCGCUACGUUGCUAUUUGAAGGUACUAAAGAGGAAGUGGCUGCUCAAGAAAAGAGAGUUUAUGAAAUAGCUGCCACUUUUGGUGGAAUACCAGGUGGUGCUGAUAAUGGUGAAAGAGGAUAUAUGUUAACAUUUUCUAUAGCUUAUAUUAGGGAUUUAGGCUUUGAGUAUUAUGUAGUUGCAGAAUCAUUUGAAACAUCCGUGCCAUGGGAUAGAUGCCUCGAUUUAUGUCAAAAUGUUAAAGAGCGAGUCCACAGAGAAUGUAAAGAUCGCGGUAUUCAAAUUCCUCCUUAUGUCACAUGCAGAGUUACACAGACAUAUGAUGCAGGAGCUUGUGUAUAUUUUUAUUUUGGGUUUAAUUAUAGAGGUAUUGCUAAUCCAGUACAUCUAUAUGAUACUAUAGAGGCAUGUGCAAGAGAUGAAAUAUUAGCUAAUGGUGGAAGUAUUUCACAUCAUCAUGGCAUUGGUAAAGUACGAAAGCGAUGGUUAAAGAAAACUGUAGGAGAAGUUGGGUUAGGUGCUAUGAAGGCCAUCAAAGCUUAUAUAGAUCCACAAAACAUAUUUGGCAAUAAUAAUUUAAUGAUGGGCAAUCUUUAAUAGUUUACUCAGGUAAACAUUGUAUCAUGACAUUGUCUAAAUUAUUAUUACUUUCUUUUAAUUAUUUUAAUUGUAAAUUAAUUUCUAUUGUAUCAUGCUCUCAGACAAAAAAGUAAAUAAUUCCAUAUUCAAUUAAAAUUAAUAUCAUCCUGUAAAAUUGUAUAAUUAUCUUAGGAACAUAUGCCCUGGUUUUACUUUAGUUAUUUUAAAUUAUUUUCCCACAACAUUCGAAGAAAGCAGGCGUUCAUUAAAAUGGGUUCAUAUCUCUAUUUUUCACACCUUUCAGACAUACAUGUAAUAAAUGAAUAUCUUGACUUAGAUCAAUGAUGAGCAUUGACUGCAUAGAUUAAGAUGAAAUGAGCUUUGGAAUAUGAUAACUUCGAUUCUAAUUAAGUGAAAGUGAUAAAACUUGGGUGUAUUGUUUUAUUAUAUAUCAGUAUGGGGGGGGGGGGAUGGCAGAAUGAUAUGCACGUGCACGUUGUAUCAUAAGGUCUGUCAUUGAAUAAACUGGCGUGGUUUUGAUUUCUCGGUUGCAUGUGACGAGUAGGGUCACCUGUCGAACCUUGUCGGUUUUCACUGGGUCCUCUGGUUUCCUCUCACUGCUAAAGACCCCUACGUGCAAGUGAAUUAUUGAAAUAAAAUUGAACCAUAUGAUAGUCCCAAAAUUACCUAGUUUGUGUCAAGUGGAAGUUAAACCCCAUUUCUCUCUAUAUAUAUAUCUGUACCUUGAUUAAGUUCAGUAAUGACCAUUUUCUGCUCAGGUUAAGCAGAGUGAUAAUUUGCACAAUUCUUUAUUUCUUAUAAGAUGAUUUCAGUCUAAAUUUCAAAUUUAUCUAAAGUAAGAGCAGGGCAUAUAAACCUUAGUUGGUUUUUUUUUUUAUGAGAUUCUUUGUACCCAGUAAAUUUGUGGUCAUCUUUAUAUAAACCCUAUUUAAACUUCUGAAACUUAUAUGAAUUGUGUUAAAUAUGAAUUGGUGAGGAUGAUUUAUUUUUGAAACUGGGAAUACUCAUUCAUGUCAAGAAAAUCAAAUGCCAUAGUAGAGUUGCUUAUAUAACUGUAUGGGUUGGUAGAUCAUAAAAUUCCUGUUAAAUACAGUAGUUAUUUUGCAGAAAAUUUAAUAGUGCCAAUUACCAUCCUGUGACUCUUACAUGUCUUUUAACUUGAAGCAGAUGAAGAUUGAGAUCAGCCAAAAGUUUUUAUAUAGGCUGAGAACUGGUAUGCCACAUCUGACAAUCAUGUCUUACAUAUCAAAUAUGUACAUGUAGGUGUAUUUAUUCCAACUUUUAUGGAAUGCAAACUGGUAUAGAAAAAUGCUGUAAUACCAAACAUUAUGUAAUAUGAUUUGUAAUGUAUAUGAAUUUAUAAAUGUCAUGUUAUCAAAUGCUUUGUCAAUCUUGUCACUAUUUAUCAUUCAAUCCGUAUUUUUUUUUCAUCUUCAUCUUUUUUGUACUAUUAAUUUUAAGAUAAAUAGCAAUACAUCAUUUUAAAGAAAGAAAUUACCAUAAUGCUUGUUUCUCCUUGUGCUUGAAAUGUCACGAUCUCUAUACAUGCCAAAUUUUUAAUCUUAUUAAGAUGUAUUUAUUCUUGACAAUAUGCAGUAUAUUUUAGUUUACAUUCCCUCUCACCAGAUUCACGGUUAGGUUCUGUUAAUAGUGAUAAUUAAGUUAAACAUGCAAAUUUAUAGAACUAUUAAACUAUUCUGGUGACAGUAAACUAAAACUUAAUUUCUGUCAUUUUGUGAUAAAUGAAGUAGAACUUUUUAUACCUAAACUGUAAUUAGAGCAUAAUUAUUAUUUAAUAAAAUAUCAAUUGUUGGUUUA